UGCCGAUGAGCCCUUAUCAUGCGGGACGCCGGUGAUACGACCAUUGCGGGACGCACGCGUCUUCUAGAGGUGUCCUUUCUUCGCUGCCCGAUUCGAGACGCCCGCGUCAGACCGAAGGCUCGAGAACGAUCGACUGAACUCGGUCUUCGCUGCAGCCAGCCGCUACCGUGAUGCCAACUUUCCUGUUCAUCGGAGUCAUUGCCCUCCUGGCUGGAACAAAUGUCCAAGCGCAGACGAACAGACCAAACUUGCUGUUCUUCCUCACGGACGACUUGGACUUGGAGCUUGGCAGUAUGAUGAAAGCCCUCGUGAGGACACGAAUGCUCAUUGGAGACAGCGGAGUUACUUUCGCCAAUGCGUACGUGACGACGCCAUUGUGCUGCCCAAGCCGUUCAAGCAUCCUGACGGGCCUGUACGCCCACAACACUGGCGUCUCCAACAACUCGCUGUCCGGGGGUUGCAGCUCGCGGGGCUGGCAGCGAGGGCCCGAGCGGAGCGCGUUCGCCGUGGACCUCCAGCGGUCGGGUUACGAGACCUUCUACGCCGGGAAAUACCUCAACCGGUACGGCCACAGGCGGGCUGGCGGGGUGCAGCACGUGCCUCCGGGGUGGACCAACUGGAACGGCCUGGUGGGAAACUCGGUCUACUACAACUACACGCUGUCCGUUAAUGGCACGGCGGAAAAACAUGGCGACAGCCCGAACAAGGACUACCUCACCGACGUGCUGAGAGCCAAGGCACUGUCAUUCCUCGAGGGUCGAGUAGAUCAGCGACGUCCCUUCUUCAUGAUGUUGAGUACGCCUUCGCCGCAUGCGCCAUUCACACCCGCAGUACGCCACAGGGACGCAUUCCCCAACCUGAAGGCGCCCAGGACACCGGCUUUCAACGUCAGCGUCAAUGGGACGAAGCAUUGGCUAGUACGGCAGGCCAUCUACCCUAUACCCGAAGAUGUGGUUUCCUGGAUCGACGAAACCUACAGAAACAGAUUACGCACGCUCCUUUCUGUGGACGAUAUGGUUGCAGACGUGCUGAGCUACCUGGACUCGAAACAGCUGCUGAACAACACUUACGUAUUCUUCACGUCCGACAACGGCUACCACUUGGGUCAGUACUCGAUGCCGAAGGACAAGCGGCACCCCUACGAGACGGACAUUCACGUACCCCUGCUGGUCAGAGGACCCGGCAUCGUCGCCGGCAGGGAGGAGCGGGGCGUGGCAUUGAACGUCGACCUGGCGCCUACAUUUCUGGACCUGGCCGGCCUUCCUUCCCGCGGAGACAUGGACGGCGUCUCGCUCAAACCGCUGCUGGUCGGCGAUGCGUCCCGCGGCAACCGGCCGAGGCAAAGCUUCCUUGUCGAGUACGAAGGAGAGGGGGAUGAGCAAGAGCGCCCCGGGAAGUGCCCAGUGCUCCAAGGAAUGUCGGGCUGUGACCCGGACGUCGAGUGCGAAUGUCAAGACUCCAAAAACAACACGUACCUCUGCACGAGGCACAUAUCUGCAGAAGCCAACACCAAGCUCUGUGCGUUCGAUGACGAGGAGAGUUUCGUGGAAAGCUACAACUUGACGGAAGAUCCAUACGAGCUUAAAAACCUGUUCCUAUCGGACGACGGUGCGUUCCGUCGCUACGACGGGCGAAUGUGCCUCAGCGACCUCCGAUUCUGCCGGCGGGAGUCGUGCUACGUGGACUGCUGGAAGUCGUCGUCGCGGUAGAACCGCAAGCCAUCGCCACGAACGAGAUCUACACCGGUAGAACGUGCGCAAUCGAAACAAGGUCCCGCGCAUGCGCUGUGAUGCAGGCGCCUAAUUCUUCCCCCGGAGCUUUGUGAACUGUUUCCCCAAUAGCGUCUCUUCGUGCACGAACACGCUUGGGCGAUUUCCAUCAUGCACAGACUAUAGGGGACCCAUAGUGGGUGCCUGAACCACGCCAGCCGUGUCAAACUUUUGUUUUGUCAUUGCAGUUAUACGGCACUGCGCAAUGAAUAUAACCAACAGAACAUUUACGGAAGUCUGCAGUAUAUAAUAGCCAAUAAGUCAAUAAAUUUAGAUGUUUGCACAUAA